AGCGGAUGAAAAUGGAUGGAUGGACUACCUGUAAUACAAUCAGUUCCCCUUUCUGGUGCGAAGGGAAUGCGCACGCGGAACCGAGAGACUACGGCGUCCACGAAACGUCGUGAAUCACUUUUUAAUAUGGGCGGGGUUUAAGUUACUUCCUCACAAAGUGAAGUUCAUAUAUUACUACGCAACACAUUUGUACCAGCAUCCAAAUGGAAAGUGCGUGAAUAUCGUGUUAUCGUGUGUUUUUCACCUUCCGCCGCUUGAUGUCGUUGUCCCCCAGCUUGAGGAACACACAGCUACUCAGCAGCGGCAGCACCAGUGGGAGAUCACCGCGUGAGAAACUCCAGCUGCUCCGCUCCAUGUAUUUCCACUGACCCUGCUCCACAGAUCCAUUCAUCCCACAGUCACAGCUGCUGCUCGGUCACUCCGCUCACCCUCCGCCCGUCUCUCGGUGUCGGGUCCAUCCUGCACUGCCUCCACACAAGUGCUGCGACCGCACACCUGGGAAGGUCAGGUAUCCGUGUCUGAAACCAGCAGAGCUGACAACAACUUGGUCCUCCUCUGUCCAGGGCUACAUCUACCGGACUUCAUCGCAGCGGUUUCUGACCCCUCCCUGGAUGGAUGGUUGAACUGGGAGCUUACUGAUUGGCUCGCUGAGCUUCGUCGGUCACAGCCGCUGCCAUGGCCAAAAGUCCGGAGGUUAAGCUGGCUGUCUUCGGCAGAGCAGGGGUCGGCAAAUCAGCGUUGGUGGUCAGAUUCCUAACCAGACGUUUCAUCUGGGAGUACGACCCGACACUGGAAUCCACUUAUCGACAUCAAGCCAACAUUGAUGACGAGGUUGUUACUAUGGAGAUUUUGGAUACAGCAGGUCAGGAGGACAUCCAGCUGAAGGAAGGUCACAUGCGUUGGGGCGAUGGAUUUGUCAUUGUUUAUGACAUCACAGACCGCGGCAGCUUUGAGGAGGUGACUCCACUGCGGAAUCUGCUAGAGGAGCUGAAAAAGCCAAAGAACGUCCCUCUGGUCCUGGUGGGCAACAAGUCAGACCUCGACCACGUGAGGCAGGUGGGCACAGAUGAAGGCGAGCGACUGGCGGCUGAAAUGGCAUGCGCUUUCUACGAAUGUUCGGCAUGUGCCGAUGAGGGCGGCACCGUGGCCGAAGCCUUUCACGAGCUCUGCCGUGAAGUGAGGCGCCGCAAAGCAGUGCAGGGGAAAGCCAGACGCCGCAGCUCGACCACGCACGUCAAACAGGCCAUUAACAAGAUGCUGACCAAAAUCAGCAGCUAGAGACGACGCAUUAGAUCUUUGACGAACGAACUUUGACUGAUUGGAUGUGAAAUAUGUUCUCUACUUAUUAUUUUAAUUUGCUAAUAUAAGACGACAAGUGCAAUGUGUCGUCAUUGCAUUCUUAGAAAGGAAGUUGUCACUGGACAGCUGAGUGGAGUAUUCUGUCUGUUAAUACAAAGCCAGAGAACAGCGUGAAACUGGUGCAUGCGAGCAUGCCACAAAUGCAACCCUCUCUAAAGAGAAUAGUCGUAGUUUCUUCUGUGUAUUUUGUCUACUGAAGAAGAUUGUCUGAAGAAGACACUUGUGUUUGUCCGUUCUGUCAGCAGAAGAAAAAGAAGACCAGAGAACUGCUAUAGAUGUGUAUUCACUGUUCUUCACCUGGUACUUUAUCCCUUCACGCAAUUUCACAAAAAUGACUGACCUUCAAACUAAAGUGUACUUUACUUUUGUGACGACGGCAGCUACGCUGUGGAGUGUCAGUGCUGCCUGUGACCGUCCACAAAAAACAUGUUUCAAAGAACCAAAACAUUAAAAAAUAUAUAUAAAA